AUGGCAUUCAAAGCGCUCGUCACCCUCUCGUGCAUCCUCCUCCUCGUGUCGACCGCAUUGGCGCAGCGCGGUCCGCCUGGCGGAGGCCCUCCCGGCGGUCAGGGACCAAGGGGCGCGCGCGGAGGUCCUGGCUCCGGCCCUGGCGGUCCCGAUGGCCCUGGUGGGCCUGGCGGAAAGCCGCCACACGGUCCGCCGCUAAACCUGACGGCCGUCGGGAAUCUGACGGCCGAUGUCGGUGCGCGACUGGCCAACUGCACGGCUGAUCAGAAAAUCCUUGACGGCCGCUUCCACCUCGCCAUCUUCAAAAACGCCACCGGCAAUUACACUCGUCGAGGCGCUGCCUUUCGAGUCGACUCAAAAGUCAGCCUCUUCCCCUCUUCCUCCCUUCCCUUCCCCUUCCUUCCCUUCCCCUGUUUCAGAAACGCCACUGGCAAUUACAACCUUCUCGUCGAGGCACUCCUAGUGGAUGCGGCAGGCGGUCCGCCCGACUCGCUCGCAAUCGUGAAGGGCGCCGUGUGCGACACCGCCGCGACGAACGUCCUCGCGCUGCCGCUCGCCGCGGCGGACUGGCAGCAGCGCGCGGGGUGGUGGCUGCUGCACGCGGAGGCGCGCCUCGACGCGUUCCUCGAGAAUGCGGACGCCGCCACCCUCGACGCGCUGCUCGCGGUGCUCCCCAACGCCUCUUUUCCGCGCAAGAACGGCGGAGGCGCCGGCGGAGGCAGCGCCGGGGGCGCGCGGAGCGGGAAAGGUGGGAGGCCCAUGGGGCGGGAGCUGGUGAUGCGCGCAUUCGGCCGCCCUGCCAGUCAAGGCGGACAGAAGAAGGGGGACUCUUACGACGUUGUGGCGGAGUUCCGAGUGCCCCAGGGCGCAGAGGAUGGAGAAAUAGACCUAGAGGACGUUGAAAAUACUGACCCAGACUACGCACAGGAUCGCGAGAACGAUAGCGAGUUUGAGGCGACCGAGGAGGAUUUGUUUCAGGGUGGUAUCUACGAACCAUCCGUCCGGAUUCAAGUCCAGGGGAGUGAAGAAGAGAGUGAAGGGCCGGGAGGCGAUGGAGUGCGCCCACGACCCGGUGCACCCGAAGAACGAGGGUGCAGCAUUCGAAAGAUUCGACUUGGGAACCUCUUUGUCCGCAUGACGCGGAGCACAUCACACCUCGACGACUAUCUGGACGUUUUCGUACUCGUCGUUGUUUCCAGGAAGUCGAAGACCAACCCCAACAACAAGCUGAAUCAUCAGUUUCUUGCAAGGCAUAGGGACUGGCGGCUCUGCGGAGUGGGCCAUGUGUUCCUGUGGCUUUAUUUCAUCUACGAACUCGUUCCUCUGCGCUACGGCCCCGGUAUCGUCGAGCCUCUCGACUUUUCUGAACCGAUCUUGUGGACGAAAGCGCACCUCUUCUUUUCUUUGAAGAAGGGCGGCCAGGGAGAGCAGAAGCAAGACGAGAUGCACUACAAAACGCAUAACACCUGGAUUAAGUGGGCCAUGACGAAGGCGAGAUGGAUUCUGAGCAAGGUAACACAUGCAUUCCGCAGAUCCGGAGCGCAACAACUCCAUGACGACGGUUGCUCCGACAACGAUAUCGGCACUCUGGGCGGAUGGGCGCAGGGGGAGUUGCGGAGGUGUUAUGUGUUCGGCAUACCGUUCAAGCCGGUUUGGCUGCUGGCAGGAUUCAGCGGGGAUCGUGGAGACUACUACAUCGGCAGAGCCCGCGCCAAGCUUCCGCGGCAUAAGGUUAAGGAGAAGGAUGAGUGGUUGCAGCUCUUGGAUCUCUUGAGGCUUCACAUUUUCCCCUGGGUCGAAGAGGGUUGGAAGAAGGUCGAAGAAUGGAACGCUGCGCAGACCGAUCCGCUGAAGAGGCACUAUGCGGGGGCGAGGUUCCUAGACACCCUCGCCAGCAUCGGACGCCUCGUUGUUGCACAGGAUCUGGCUAUGAUGUGGGCGUUCUGCCAUCAGCACGGCGUGAGAAACCCGCGGUGCAAUUGCGAGAGGCAUCCAUAUGUGCAGAUGAGCCCCUUGUGCAACCACCCGCUGUUCCAAAAGUGGGCGUACCUGGUCGCUAUCUCUCACUUCCAGGGCGAGAAGCUUCGGGCAACCGGCCAAACCACCGCCAAAGCAGACGCUAUCUUUCGCACGACCGCAGAAGAGAAGCUGCAUAAGAUGCACCUCACCGCCAAUAUGCUCAGGGAGGAGCUUGGGAUUUUGAGAGGACGUGAAAUGCAGUUGGCGAUGGAGAACGCUGAACUGAGGGAGAAACUCGCCGCUGAGCGAGAGGACAAGGCUCGGGUCAUUGCAGAGUUCGAAGCAUACAAGAGGUUUGUUGCGGCCAGGGAUGACGCGGCAAACACCUCUGCAGAGAUCGACGGAUCGUCGAAGAGCGCGGGAACAGGAGGAAACCAGGCAACGGACGCAUCCAAAGCACCAGUUGCCGUCCAAGAAUUCUUCGUCGUGGUCGUUGUGUCUUGGCGCGAAGCCACCACUGUUGCUGCUGCCUGGAAAGUGUGGGUGCAGCCAAGCCUCAUCAUGGGCGGCCGGUCACUGCGCGAAGUCUUUGCAGAGUUCGACCGGUAUAAGAAGAAGGACAAGAAUUCCAGCUUCAUCACCGCAUAUUCCCGGUUCGCUGUCAAAGGUACGCCCGGGAUGGCUGUGGGUGCAUGCGAGCGAAAGAUGCGUCGCGUGCAUCGUGUCAUGGUUUCCGUGGAGACGCUAAGAAAAGACAGCUCCGAGGCGGCGACCGCAACGGCCAUUAAGCUGCUGGACGAGGUUUUACUCGUGUGCAACUUCACGGAAUUCACCAACGGCCUGGCUGUGCUGCAUGAGACUCCGACCAUCAAGAAACAGAAGACCGGUUCGUCGACGGAAAAGAGGACCGUCAACGACCUGGCGCAACGCAGAGUGGGCUGGCUGUUAGUCAAGAAGGGCCUUCGCGACCAGGAGUGGGCAACUUCGCUGUUUGGUGAUGAUGAGUGGGAGGAGAUCCACAAGGAACACAUGGCGCAGAAGAAGGCGGAAGAGGAGAAACAACGAACCGCUGCGGCGAAGAAGGCGGAACGGGAAAAGGCGAAGGGCGAAGCGUCGAAACGCAAGGAGCAGAAAUGA